AUGGCAUGCUGGAUUUUGAAUGAAAAACUCUCAGUCCUAUUAUUAUUGGUGUGGCUGGGCUUGAAUUUAUAUCUGUUUAUUGAUACCUUCUGCUGGUAUGAAGAUGAAGAUGCUUACAUUUAUACACGGAUUAUGCUGGGAUCAACCUUGGCUUGGGCGAGAGCUUCUGCAACGUGCCUUAAUUUUAACUGCAUGCUAAUCCUGUUACCAGUCAGUAGAAAUCUUAUUUCAUUCUUAAGAGGAGCAAGCACUUGCUGUGGAGGAGCACCAAGGAGGCAGCUUGACAAAAACAUCACAUUUCACAAGGUGGUUGCCUAUGGAAUAGCUGUAAAUGCAACCAUCCACAUUGUUGCCCACUUGAUCAAUAUAGAGCGGUAUCACAACAGCCAGUCAAAGGAAGCAGGGGGGCUGCGGAAUAAGCUUUCUGGCCUUGGCAAGAGGCCAAAUGAAAGCUACUUGAACCCAAUCAGGACCUACGAAACAAACAUAACAGGAGAGGUACUGACCACCAUAGCUGGAGUAACAGGAGUUAUGAUAACUGUGGCUUUUGUUCUGAUCGUGACUUCAUCCACAGAGCUCAUCAGAAGGCUGUGCUAUGAGGUGUUCUGGUAUACCCACCACCUCUUUGUGGUUUUCUUUAUUGGUUUAAUAAUCCAUGGUACAGGUCAGCUAGUCCGGGCUCAGACACCUCACAGUCUGCUGCUUCACAACAUCACUUACUGUAAAGAACACUACUUGGAAUGGGAGAAAACCACUCAGUGCCCUUUGCCGCAGUUUUCUGGUAACAAACCUGUGGCUUGGAAAUGGGUUGUGAGUCCUGUGGUGCUGUAUAUCUGUGAAAGAAUUGUUAGAUUCUGGAGAUUUCAACAGGAGGUAGUCAUUACUAAGGUGGUGACACAUUCCUCUGGAGUCCUAGAGCUUCACAUGAAGAAGCAUGGCUUUAAAAUGGAAGCGGGUCAGUAUAUCUUUCUGCAGUGCUCAUCGAUCUCACCAUUGGAGUGGCACCCCUUCACCCUCACCUCAGCUCCUGAGGAAGACUUCUUCAGUGUUCACAUCAGGGUAGCUGGGGACUGGACUGCAGCCCUCUUCAAGGCUUUUGGAGCAGAGGAAAAAACUUUCAAGGAGUUGUGGAUGUUACCAAGAUUGGUUGUGGAUGGACCAUAUGGAUCUGCAACCACAGAUGUUUUUCGCUACAGAGUGAGUGUGUGCAUUGCAGCCGGGAUAGGAGUCACACCAUUUGCCUCUAUUUUAAAAUCCAUUUGGUACAAGUGCUGCAAUCCUCACACAGUAUUGGUGCUGCAGAAGGUUUAUUUUUACUGGAUUUGCCGAGACCCAUCCACAUUUGAGUGGUUUGCUGAUCUUCUGUUCCUUUUGGAAACAAAAAUGAUUGAAAAUGGGAAAAAUGAUUUCCUAAGUUAUCACAUAUUUCUUACUGGCUGGGACGAAAGUCAGGCUACUCACAUAGGCCUGCAUUAUGAUGAGAAGGUGGAUGUAAUUACCGGUUUGAGGCAGAAGACCUUCUAUGGAAGGCCAAACUGGGACAAUGAGUUCAAGCAGCUAGCUGAAAACCAUCCUAGCAAUAGCAUUGGAGUAUUCUUCUGCGGACCCAAGAAUCUCUCUAAGACCCUUCAAAAGAUGUGCAACUCAUAUUCAACAGUUGAUCCAAGAGGAGUUCAAUUUCACUACAACGAAGAAAGUUUCUAGACUGUACUUCUCAACUCUCUAAUAGAUAUUACCAAGUUAUACUUUUUUCUUCACAUUCUCCUGUACUCUAUCCAUUCCGUGGCAUUCAAGCUGUAAACUGAAGCAGCAACACUGACUUUAGUGGAAAAAUACCAUCCUAUGCCAACUAAAGAAUUGAAUCCAAUCCUUAGCAUUUCCUUCAAAGAACUGAAGGACCAAUUUCUAAUUGCUCAGUUAGUGAUGCAGUGAAUCCAGCCACAUCUGUUUGAAAACACAUACAAAUCACUAAACUUUGAAGAAAAAGGCAAGAGAGAAAAGGAAAUGAAGAACUGCACCUCACUGUUAUGUGUGAUCAAACUACUACUGCAGGCAAUACUAUCAUUCCUGCUGUUUAAAUCAUGCCCAGCCAUUCAAAGCAUUUUCCUUCCUGGUGUUCUGAUCUUGCACUUCUAGCCUCCAACUGCGCACACAUCCACAUCACCUUUUGUGUCAUAGCAAUACUGUUUAAAUAUACACUUUUCAAUGAAUUCCUUUUGACCUACCAAAGCAGGCAACAUUUAAGCAUGCUGUUUCUGCAGAGGUACUGGCAGAGCAUACCAUAAGCUAAUAUUUUCUGAAGGUUAAGGAGACUGUAGAAAUUUUGGCACUCAGCAAAUGCAUGUCCUGAGAGAGGUAACUGGAACUGUGGGAAAAAGUUUUGUGCGUCCUUUAAAUGCUACGCUGCUUCAUGAGCACUGAAGAAUGGACUGCAGAAAGUUAUAGAAUCACGGGUAUCACAGAUUUGCUGGCAUGGAAAGGGAUCUCUGGAGGUCAUGCGGUCCUGGGUCAUGUGUCCUUUCUUUCACUUCUUGUGCACUUUGUUUUUGUGGUGUUUUCUUUUUUGUGUGUGUGUCAUUCCUGGUUCAUAAGUGUGAAGUCCUGCAGAGUGCCUGUCUUAAUUGACCUUUAAACACUUUUACCUACUAAUCUUGAUCAGCUCACAGCUGGCUUCUCAUCCACCCAUCUACCCCUAUGCAGGGCUACAUGUAUUCCUGCCAUUCUCACUCAUAAAGGGCAACUGCCCACCUCACCACAACAGCCUGUCUUUCCCAAAAAGCCUGCAGCCAUCCAUUGCAGCUAUACAGUCAUAUGUACUAUCAUACUAUGCUCCCAGGGAGAUCAUAGCCAUUCAACAACAUGGAAGCCCCUAAUUCUUCCUGUGUCCUUCCUAUACCAUGAGAGCUAGUAGGCAGCACUUCAGAGGGGUAUCUUGCCACAUGGGUUUUACAGAAAGGGAUGAGAACUUCUUUUGUCAUGCUAUCCUGUCAGAAGUCACUUGUUCACGUGCAUACAUUUGGGAUAGGUUUGCUUCUGCCAUGUUUUGUACCUGUUAACACUGUCUCACACACUUUGCUUGUUGUCUGCGAUUCCUCACUUGGCUAUUGGUCAGCUGCUCUCACCUGCUGUUCCCAUUUCAAAACUCUCCUCACAGGCUGCCUAGGGAGAUGGUGGAGACACGAUCCCUGGAGGUGUCCAAGAAAUGUGUAGAUGUGGUACUAAGGGACGUGGUUUAGUGGGGAAGUAUUUGUGACAGGUAAACAGUUGUUCUGGAUGAUCUUGGAAGUCUUUUUCAACCUUGGUAAUUCUAUGGCUCUACAAUUCAGCACAGUUAAGCAUGUAGAGCACCAAAUUAUUUUAGAACUAGGGAGGAGACAAUAUUAAAAAAUUAAUGAAUUACGUAAGCUAGAAAAACAAGAAAUGUAUUUCCUUACCUCACUCCCCCAGCACAGAAGUUAGAGAAAUCUAUACUCAAGUUGGAAUGAGGCAUAAUGGAGUUCACAAGGAUCAUGUAAUGCAUUUCUCCAGCCACACAAGAAAAGUGGAAGGUAGAAAACAUCCUAUGUAUGUCAGCAGUUGAAUAAGACAAAUGACAACAUUAUAUAUGUACACAUACACACACGGGAAAUGCCCACAAGAGGGGACAUGGCUGUAUAGGCAAAAGAAACAACAAUAAAAAUUGUGUCACAGAGAAUUACAGUAUUAUUCUACAUCUCUUCCAUUAGGAUAUACAGUAUGUGUGAACUGAGCUUGAUACAGUCUUAUUAUUAUUAAGUUUAGGGUAAGGCAUCUUUAUUUUAAAUUGCUGAAGUUUUCUUAAAUGCCUGCCUAUGUGAAAUGAUUAAUGCGAUGCAUACUGUGUAGCAGUAAAGUGAGUGGAGAAUUAGAGCCUCUGCCAGUUCACCUAGAGGCAUUUAUCUUUCAUUUUUUUCCCUGGUGCCCAUGCUGAGCCUCAGGGUAAGCUGACACAUUUUUUAAUAUAAAUUAAGUUUCUUUUUUUGUGUGUGUUGAAAAUCUUGAAGGAAAUGAGAAAUGUGUGUAGGCACCAAUACCAGCUGCCAUUGCAUGAAAGAAAGAGGUGACAAUUUCCUGCAGAUUCUGAAUGAUUGUUUUAAUGGGGUUGGAUUGGAGGUAACAAGCACAAAGAUAUUGUGCUGCCAGAAAAACAGGAUCUGUUCUACCCCUAGCCUCAUGCAACAAGAUGCAACAUUUAGCUUCUGGCUCAACAUGGCAUCUCUUCACUGCUUUGAUUUAUUCUCACUUUUGCAAAUCACUGUGGCAUGCUACAGGAGAUGCAUUUAGAGCCCUUGUUAUAGUUCAUUGAGUAGUACUGCUGUUAUCACCACCAGAGGAAAAUUUCACUUGUAUCAGGACCGAGUGACCUAGAAUAAAAGAAAAAUAGUAAUAAUAAAAAAAAAGAAAUGGGGAGAUUUGUUGAACCAGGAUGAUACUGCAUUUAGAUUGAGUGAAAAUCUCUUUAUUACAAAUACAAUUUAAAUCAAAAUGGAAACUAGGAAAAUUUGGCUUCCUGCCUUGUUUUGAAUAGCACUGAACGCACAGCAGUGAUGAUAAUGUGAGUGCAUGUGUAAUGACUCUAUUAUUAUGUUUAUAUAUGGAAACAUCAUUCACUGUCAUGGAAAAUGAAAGAUAUCUUCAUGGAUUUCUCUGUUCAGCUUCUUCAGCAGGAAGUGUUCAGCACUUCUUAGGACAAUAUUAGUAAAUAAAACAUAGUCAUAACAGCACACGUUUAUCACAUCCUGUGACAGAAAACUAAUCAUAGACAAGGAUCAUAAAUACGUAGAUUAAUUACUUUGGCUCUCACAGUAGAAAUAAUGGUAUUACAAUAGUAAGAGUUGUGUUAUGAUAAUUUAUGCUUAUUUAUUAGGAAGUCUAAGUUGAAAUAUAUGAUUUUACAUGUUUUGGGUUUCCCUCCUUUCUUCCUUCCCCCAGGUUAUACAUGUAGUCGAAAUUAAGCAAGUUUGUGCCUUAGUUUACAAUGGAAGAUAAAACAGGAGCUACCACUUUCCACACUAUGUCCAUCAUAUGGGACAUAUAUCAUAUCAUUACAAAGAUGUGCUUCUUUCCUGCUUUUGGAUAUAAUAAAAGGGCUAAGAGGAAAUGUUAACUGCAACAAAAAUGCAAAUUUCAAAUGUUUGAAUAUUCCUGAUUAGCAGGAAAUUCUACAAGAUCUGCCUUAAAGGUAGCUCAGCCACUCUGGAGGAGUAAUAAACUAAGUGACAUGGUGGCUUUGUUGUCUUUUUUGGUCAAUUGCUGGUUGUUUUUCUUUUCUUUUUUUCUAAGGGGGGGGGGGGGAAAUCAAUUGCAU